AUGUGCACUUGAAAGCUGGUUUGCUGUCUACCAACUAAAAUAUAAAGAAUAAGAGGAAGUGACACUGCUGAAGUAGUAGUUGUUUACCGUUUUUUACAGUUCAGGUUUUGUCAGACAGCCAUUGUUGCAAACGCUGUUAAAUUAAGAAAGGUUGGCUUUAGCUGCGGACCACAUAUUACACCCUGACAAACGAUGCAAACAGCUCUCUGUCCACUGUGUCCAGAAGCAGGUCAUAUUUGACCUGCCCGCUGCUGCUGGUGCUGCUAGCCUGCCAGCUAGCCCCCGACCGUUAGCUCGACUGCAGCAGAGGAACAGUCAGAAUGACUAAAAGUUAAGCUAGCACUGAAAUAGAGCUCCACAAAAACAUGAAUAACAGCACUGGCAACACUAAUGCAGAAAACAGUGUGACUGUCGCAGUGCUUUGAAACUUUUCUACUCCCAUGCGGACUUUAUCCAGUGUUUUAAGCCGCUGUUUGCAGAGGGUAGUAAUUUGUAGUGCUUGUACUGGAGCUCACUGUCAGCGAUGUUGUUGGUUUGUACUACACGCAUACUCGGAAGUGGGAGAACUUUGCUCCGUUAUCCGUUAAAGAGGAUUUGCAUAAACAUGUCAUCGUCCUCCACUUCUGGCAAGAGACUGCGGGUUCUAGUGGACAUGGACGGGGUCCUGGCGGACUUCGAGGGCGGUUUCUUGAAGAAGUAUCGGGCCAGGUACCCGGAAGAGCCCUACAUCACCCUGGAAGACAGGAGAGGGUUCUGGGUGUCAGCGCAGUAUGGACAGCUGAGGCGUGGCCUGUGUGCGAAAGCCAUCAGUAUCUGGGAGUCCAAAGACUUCUUCAUAGACCUGGAGCCCCUGCCAGGAGGAGUCGAGGCGGUCAAGGAGAUGGCCAAGAUGGAUGACACAGAUGUCUUUAUUUGCACCAGCCCUAUAAAAAAUUACAGACACUGUCCUCAUGAGAAGUACGCCUGGGUGGAGAAGCAUUUGGGUUGUGACUUUCUGGAGCAGGUCAUUCUGACCAGAGACAAGACAUUAGUCACCGGUGACCUCCUCAUAGAUGACAAACCUGACAUUCUAGGCGUGGAGCCCAAACCAACGUGGGAACACAUCCUGUUCACUGCCUGCCAUAACAAGCAUCUGCCCAUCGGCUCCUCCCAGAGGCGUCUCCUGUCCUGGUCGGAUGACUGGAGGGCCAUCCUGGACAGCAAACGGCAGUAAGGAGCUCCCUUACUUAUGACCCUGGCAUCUUGGUUAGUUAAAAUUUUGAGGUUCACUGUCACAGUACCGACAUCACUGUCUCACCAGUGAGCGUCCAGGCUCGGAGAGGUCAAAAUGGAGGUCAUGUGUCAUACCUACACUAGACAGUUGGUAGUCUAUUGUGAGAAGGUGUUCUCGUAUUUCACCACAAGGGGGCACUCUGAGACCGACUAUGAAAUCAUGUCAACAACAACAUUUCCAGCAAUUUCAGUGAAAACAAAUUAACAGGAGGACAAAACGACUUCAUAAUGGACACACAAUAAGUUUCAAAGGGCAGAUGGUGUUGAUGGAGCCUUUUGGUCUGCAGUCUGGAUGUUUCUUGGACUCCUAGCUGUGGACAUUUCUGUUCAAGAUCAAGUAGAUUUUGUUUUUAACCGUUUUUGAUUUGUUUGGUUUAUCUGUGGCCUUAAACACAAAAGGCUUAUUAGUAGUUCACAGUACUAUGUUGCAUUAUGAUCCAGUGAUUCACUCACAACAGGAAACUCCACUAUACAAUCAGAAUUUACAAAGGAGGACUCUCAGAACUGUAUGCACUGGUGAGCUGAGCAGGAACUCUACAUACACAUUUUAAAGUGACCUCAACUUACAAAGACUGUACAAGUUUGAGUAGAUUAUUUAUUUUACAUGUGUUUCACAGGAGUGAACCAUACCACUGUUAUGUAAACGCACACGUAGAGGAAAAGAGUUGAAAUGUCGACCUUGGUGCUGUUUUUUAAUGUUUUUUCUCUGCAUUUCACAAUUAUCUAUGCAUUUUAGUUAACACUUGACAAAACACUUGCACAUACACACACGCAUGUUGCCAAAAACCUCACAAGUACAGAGUAUAUCAGUCACUAGAAAUGUGUGCAAAAUAUGUGAUUUAUUUAAAAAAAAGCAGAUUGCCUAUUGUACAUACAUUUAAAUGAGAAAAUAUGUUGAGAACCGCAACACACAGCACCAACAUACAGUGUGUAUUCAGACACAUUUUUACUACAAGUUGUCUAUAUAAGUGAUCUCUGCCAUAUACAAUUAGCUCGUUGUCUUUAUGUCUCUUUAUGUCAGAUAAAACCUGUCUCAUUUCAAUUAGAUUUUAUCUUUGUUUUAAUUGUAGCUUGUUUACUAAAGCAUAUUGCAGCAGAUUUUAGUUAGUUUUUUUUUAAAACUCCAGGUUCUCAGAGUACCUCCACAAAAUAUUAUGUAUUUCUAUUUAUUUUAGCAUGUCAUUUAACAGUUGAAAAUGCAAAUCGAUUGAAAAGUUUUUACACGGUUCAUUUACAUUUGUCGCAAAGCUUAAUUUUUUUUUUUUUUUUUUUUUUUUUAGUUUCAGUACAAAACUCUUCUAUCAGUGGAUUUUCUUUGUCAAGAUUUGCUUUGUUCUGCUUCAUGUUCUUUUAAGACACAGUAAGUGUUCACAAGCUGAAUUAGAACACAUUGUGCUUCUUUCUGACAGGCCAGUUAUGUUUUUUGCCUGUUGCUGCUAACAUGCCUCUUUUCUUGUCUUUUUUGGGUUUUUUUGGAAACAAAGCAGUAGAUACGUAACGUUUGUUAUGGAAGAUGUACUUAGUGCUAUGCUGUUGUGCCUAGUUUAAUGUAUAAAUUCAAACAUGUUGAUUUCUGUCAAUGUGAUGUUUUAAUGCUGUGUUUUGCUCAAUUAAAACACGCACAAAAAAUAAUCUGUCAACCAGGGCACUUUAAGUGGUCGUCAGUUUGUGUAUCAUUAAAAGUGCAUUUUACUUUCUUUGCUUUUUUUUUAAAGCUUCUUUUAGUUACACACUUAGUCUCAUGAAUUCACAGAUGCUUUUGACUAAAGUUCGCAGACUUACCUGCCCUCCUGGUUAAACAUCCUGGCAUUGCACUAGAGUAAACUAAACAUAGUGAACAUGCCUCUUUGUGCUCUUUCUUGUAAUUUCCUCUCUCUGCAGAUCAUAUCAGUUACGAAAACAUGAAGCAGCAGAGCUAUUAAUCCAGACUGCAGUUUUCAAUUUAUUGUGCCAGAACAGAUAUUGCAAUGUAUGAAAAAGUAGUGGUUAUUAAACAUCAACAUCUCCCUACUUACACUUGGGACACCUUUCUGGUACUGACUCCUGUGGCUUGUUCUGCAUACAUUCUGACUUGCAAGAGCAGAAUAAAAACCUGAGCCCACAUCUAUUAAGAGUUAUCUUAAGGAAAGCUAUUUAGGGACAGCUUAUGAGUUAGUUCAAAAUAAGACCUAUUUAUCACGUGACAUCCUCCUACAUACAGCAGAGUUUAUGAAUAACAACUCUGAAGUUAUUACAUAAUUGAACACAGACACAGGUUUAAACACCAUCUACUAUUUUUUCAGUCAUAAACAAUUUUUUCCUCAUAUUUCAAGUGACAAUACGCAACAUCAUACUUUCCUUGUAUAACAAUAUAUAAAAAUAUGAGUCAAGUAAUAGGUAAUUGGCUCGAUUGAAAACUAAAAUUACUGUUAUUCAGAAGCCUAUAAUUAUGUGGAAUGUCACGCCAAGUACUAAUAAUGGAGAUGCGUCAAAACAUCUGAUGUGACAUAAUUGGUGCUGUAAACAACUCAGAAGAAAAUGGUCGCUGCAUAUUUGAAGAAAAACGUGAUAUUGUUUCACAUAUUGUAUUCAUCAUGAAACAUGCCGGAUUGCACACUCAUACUAAAACAUGAAGUUGAGGAUGUGUCAGAGGAUUCACUGAACCAUGGAGGAGACUUCGAGGGCUCAAAAAUGAACAAAGAACGACCAUGAUGAAUACACUACCGCUCAGAAGUUUGGGGUCACCCAGAAAGUUUCAUGUUUUCCAUGAAAACUCACACUUUUAUUCAUGUGCUGACAUAAUUGCACAAGGGUUUUCCAAUCAUCAAUAAGCCUUUCAGCACAAUUCGCUAAUACAAUGUAGCAUUAGAACACGGGAGUGGUGGUUGCUGGAAAUGAGCCUGUACCCAUAUGUAGAUAUUCCAUUAAAAAUGAACCGUUUCCAGCAAGAAUAGUCACUCACAACAUUAACAAUGUCUAGACUGUAUUUCUGAUUAAUUCAAUGUUAGCUUCAUUGAAAGAAAAGAGUUUCUUAAAAAAUAAGGACAUUUCUAAGUGACCCCAAACUUUUGAACGGAUGUGUCACAAAGGAUUCACUGAACCAUGUAAGACUUCUAUGGCUCAAAAAAUGAUUGAAGAACAACUAUGAUAAAAACAAAAAAGUAAAACAAAAAAUGAAGUUUUGCUUCAACUAAAACCUAACAAGUUGUCCAUGUUGCAGCCUCACUGCAAACAUUUCCGGUUGAGAUUUUGGUGUUACCUAACUAGCAUCUCAUGUAGCCUCAAACUACGAUAAGGAGGUUUAAUUCUAACUCCAGACUCCCAGAUUUAUUCAUUUUCAAAUUUGUAGUCUUUAUAACUAUAAAUGCUCAGAUUGGUUGGGUGAGUGUUGAUUAUACUGUCUUUCACAUCUGCAAUUGACAGGGCAACAGAGAGGGCUGGUAAACAGACAGAUAGGGCUGCCGGCCUACUGAUGUGGGAACGUAUCAAGAUUUGUUGCAGAAUGCUCAUGUGCCAGUGCAGAAUUUUUCUUCAUGCCACAAGGAGCUUCAUAGGACUUGUUUUCACAAACACACUACUUCUCCCCAACACCUGUAAAGAGAUAUGUGAAAUGACUGUAGUUUGCUUCUCAGCAGUUUAAUAAAAAUGGGUCCUAAUUUU